AUGUGGAUCCGCGACAGCGCAGUGCAGCUCUCCAUCUAUUUCCCACGCAUCGCCCAGCGGCCGGCGCUGCGCCGCGUCAUUGAGGGGGCAAUUCGCGCACAAGCCUUCUACAUCCUGCAGGAUCCGUACGCGAAUGCAUUCAGCCAGCGCUGGAGAGACCGAGACGCGGUCGAGGCGGCUCACCGGCGCAUCGGCCGCGGCGGGUGGGUAGCCACGCGAAAUUAUGAGCUCGACAGCGGCGCAUACUUCAUCAACAUGCUUUGGAAUUACUACACAACUCCGGGCCUCUUUGCGGCUGAAAGGUUCUUGAAUGAGACGGUGAUAGUGGAUGCGGUGGCCUUGAUGGUGCGCACAUGGCAGACAGAGCAGCGCCAUGAGGAAGCAUCGUCCUACCGCUACUCGGAGCUGCCGCGUGGCGGAAAGGGGCACCCGUCCGCCUACACUGGCAUGUCCUGGAGCGGCUACCGCCCGAGCGACGACCCGCAGGUGUUCGGCUACAACGUGCCGGUCAACAUGUACGCGGCCGGCGCGCUGCAACGAGCGGUGACGCUGAAUGACCGCGUGUGGCGAUCGGCCGGCCUCGGGGAGCGCGCGGCUCGGCUGGCCGCCGAAAUCCGGCAGGGGAUUGACACGUGGGGCGCAGUGGAAACGCAGGACGGCGUCAGGGUGUACGCCUAUGAGGUGGAUGGCAGAGGGAACAGCCUGGCAGACUUUGACGACCCAAAUGUGCCCUCACUGCUCAGCAUUCCCCUGCUGGGCUACGCGCAUUACAAUGCCAGCAUUUAUGCGGCCACGCGGGCGCGCAUCCUCAGCCGCAAAAAUUCCUGGUACUUUGAGGGCAGCGCACUCCGUGGCCUUGGCUCUCCCCACACCCCUUCUGGUCACGUGUGGCCUCUGGCCAUGGCCGUGCAGGGCCUCACAACAGCAAAUGCGGAGGAGAGGGCGUCCCAGCUGCGGCAGCUGCUGGCCACACAGUGCGGCACAAGGCUCAUGCAUGAGAGCGUCAAUGUCAAUAACCCAAAGGUGUGCACGCGGCCCUGGUUUGAGUGGGCCAACGCGAUGGCUGUUGUGUUCAUAGAGCAUGCGCUCGGCACCAGCUGCGAUGAUUCGGCUGAAGCGCACCGGCGCGGGCAGAUCUCAGAACGCGAGCAGCUGCAGGUAAUGCCCUUUCAAAAACUGCAAUGGCUCCUUCCUUUCAGGCUUUUCAGGAACACACAUAUUGUCUUUAUUUAG